UCAUCAUCCUCGGGGCAUGACUCUAUGGGUGGCCAUUUAGCAUCAGGAUCCAUGUCAUCAUCAUCCAAAUAAUAAUUUUCCCCAUUAUUUUCUUGCCGUAGCGCAUCAUCAUUAUCUUUCUGGUUGGAUUCUAAUCUAUUUGCCUCAGUUCUGAUUGAAUUUUCUAUCUUUGAAGGAACUUCUGCAUCCGUUCCUGUAUCAGAAUCGAUUUUAGGAGUGAUCAUUUGAUGUGACAGGAGAAUUGAAAAUGAUCAUGUUGCGAUCUUACUAUCAAAAUUGGAUUCCAAUUGGGUUUGAGGUAUAGUGGAGCACUCUCCAGCCUUCGAGAUCAAGUCCCCUUGCUUCAAGGUACAACCACUUGGCUUUUGAGAGUUCGAGCAACCUGUUUAACUUUUUUGGAAAUGCGAAAUUGCCUUUGAGUUGCCUUUUCUGAGUUUUAUUUAACUCAAAAGAAGGUUUUCCAUUCUUCCCGACAUCAUAUCAUCUCCCCUCAAUAAUUGCAGCUAGUCUCAUUUCUUCAUAAGGGGGUUCAAGGAACAAGUCGGAUCGGAAGGCCAACUUGUGCAUAAUUUGUAGUUGGUCUGAUCUUGAACCAGUAUCAAUUAAUGGAUGCCAGGAAAGCCCAUAAAGCCUCCUCUUCAUCCUCACCAUCCUCCUCAUCAAAACGUUGGAAGUACCAAGUGUUCUUGAGCUUCAGAGGUGAAGACACACGCAAGGGCUUCACAGGCCACCUCCACGCCGCAUUAUCUGAUGCCGGAAUCAGCACCUUUCUUGACGACAACGAGCUAGAAAGAGCGGAAUUUAUAAAAACCCAACUGGAGCAGGCAAUCAACGGGUCCAUGAUCUCCAUAAUUGUCUUCUCGAAGAGUUAUGCCGAUUCCGCUUGGUGUCUUGACGAGCUGGUGAAGAUCAUGGAGUGUAGAGAAAGAUUGGGGCAACAGGUUAUUCCAUUGUUCUAUAAUGUUGAUGCUUCAGAUGUCCGGAAACAAACCGGUUGUUUUGCACAAGCAUUUGAGAAACACGAAGCGGGCAUCUGUGAAGGUAAACAUGAGAAAGAAAAGGUACAGCGGUGGAGAAAUGCUCUCACUCAAGCUGCAGAUUUGUGUGGGGAAGAUCUUAAAAAUGCUGACAACGGGAAGAUUUCAAGGAGCGUUUCUCUCAAAGCAACAUUCCUCGAAUUUUCCAGAUCCAACGGAACUAAAAAAAUUGAAGGAGUUGCUCUGCAUUGCUCUUACAUGACUAGAUUCAGUGCACAAGCAUUUACCAGCAUGCAAAAGCUGAGGUUACUCCACCUCAGCGACGUAGAGCUCACUGGAGAGUACAAAGAUUUUCCCAAAAAGUUAAUGUGGUUGAGCUGGGAGGGAUUCCCUUUAGAGUCCAUACCAGAUGACUUUCCUAUGCAACCAAAACUAGUCGCUUUAGACCUGCAGUAUAGCGGCCUCAAAAUAGUUUGGAAGGAUUGCAAGUUGCAUCAGAAUUUGAAAAUCCUUAAUCUCAGUUAUUCCCUUGUGCUAACAAAAUCACCAGACUUUUCAAAACUCCCAAAUCUCGAGGAAUUGAUAUUGGAAGGCUGUAAGAGUUUGUCUAAGGUUCACUCAUCCAUCGGGGAUCUUGGAAGACUUUCUUUGGUAAAUCUUGAAGACUGCCAAAAUCUUCGUGCAAUCCCAGAUUUACCAACAAAUUUGAAAGGCUUACAUUGUCUUUUCCCAAAGAUUCCAUCUUCUUGGCAUACACCCAUUUGCACCCAAUUGCUUUCUUCCCCUUUAGUAACUGAACCAGCUUCCAAGUCUCAUUUUUAUGAAGAGAUUUAUAUGUCUCAGCCAGAAGGUUUUAAGGUUGCUGGCAAGGAAAAUUGGGAUCUUUGGCAGGGACAGUUAUCAAAUGACGAGCUCAAAUUGCAAGACGGUGAUAAAGUCUUGAUUGAAAUAAUAGUGGAGGACUAUUAUGAUUCGCGGGAUGUGAAGGUGAAGAAAACAGGUGUUAGUCUGGUAUGGGACAAAUUUAUGAACGAAAAUAUGAUUAAUUACCAUCUUUGUGCGUAUGAACGACGCCCAUAUCAAAAUCUGGUCAAUGAUGAUGACAUCAUGUAUGUCGAAAAUGAUAAUCACAUAACAAAAUCACCAGACUUUUCAAAAUUCCCAAAUCUCGAGAAGUUGAUAUUGAAAGGUUGUGUCAACUUGUCUAAGGUUCACUCAUCCACCGGGGAUCUUGGAAGACUGACUUUGGUAAAUCUUGAAGGCUGCAGAAUGCUAGAGGAUCUCCCACUGAAUUUCUAUAAAUCCAAGUCUAUUGAAACUCUUAUACUGAAUGGUUGUUGGACAUUUGAAAACUUGGCUGAGGGCUUAGGGGACAUGGUAUCAUUGACAAUUUUGGAAGCAGAUAACACGUGCAUCAGACAAAUUCCAUCUUCUAUAGUAAAAUUGAAGAAGUUGAGAAUUUUAUCUCUAUCUGGCUGCUGGUUAACUGAGGAUGCAAUCCCUAAGGAUCUAUGUAGCCUAAUUUCCUUAGAAGAUCUGCUUCUUGGAGACAAUGACUUUUGUAGCCUACCAAGUCUCUCUGGUCUCUCAAAGCUCAAAGUCUUGUGUGUAAAUGCAUGCACAAGUCUUCGUGCAAUCCCAAAUUUACCAACCAAUUUGUAUGCUCUGAAAGCAAUUAACUGCCCAGAAUUGAAAAGAAUGCCAGAUUUUUCAAAAAUGUGGAAUAUGAGAGAAUUGUAUCUAAGUGAUUCGUUCAAACUCACUGAGGUUCCAGGCUUGGAUAAGUCAUUAAACUCCAUGACAAGGAUUCAUAUGGAAGGCUGCACCAAUCUGACUGCUGAUUUUAGGAACAACAUCCUACAGAGAUGGACGUCUUGCGGAUUUGGUGGAAUUUAUUUGAAUGGAAUUUAUGAUAUUCCUGAGUGGUUCAAAAUCGUCGGUGAUGUGGGCAAUAUCGUCUUCUUUGAAGUUCCUCAAAAAAUCAUGGGUCGUGAUUUAAAAGGGUUGACUAUAUGCUUCGUUUACUCUUAUUUUGUUUUUGGCCCAAAACUUGAAGAUUCUGAAUGUCCUAUUGGCAUUAUCGUUAGAAAUCUUACCAAACAAACUGAUUUGCACGCCAAGAUAGCAUUUGCCAGAUACAGAAGACCUUUCUCAAACGAACCUGAAGAUCUUUGCCACGGACAAUUGUCAAACGAUGUGCUCCGUUUGCAAGGCGGGGACCAAGUCUCCAUUCUUGUAAGGCCUCUAGUUGAUUUUGUGAUGGUGAAAAAGACAGGGGUUCAUCUAGAAUGGGACAAAGUCAUGAAGGAAAAUAUGGAUAAUCCGGAUCCUGAUUUGUAUGAUUGGGAAACAAAUGGGGAUUUUUGAGGGGAGGUUGAUGAGUCCAUUUCAAGAAAUUGUUGUCACUGAGACGAAUGGUAACCAUACUGAGCAAGCCAUCAUUCUUGAUGGAGGAAGAAGAUUUGGUGAUGAGAUGACUCAAAUGAGAGAGCCACGCAGAGACCACCACCUGUCCCAAGGCCCCACAUGUCACAUUCUGGUGCACUCUUCACUUUUGUAGGUAGCAGACACGUGUCCGCAUAAGCAGCAACAUGCUUCACACCUCCUUCACACAAAAUAAAAUACUCAUGGAUUGUAGAAAAAAAAUUAGAGCAAAAGGUUGUGCCGAUAUUCUACGAUGUGGGGUGGGGGCUACGGAUGUGAGGAAUCAGACUGGUUGUUUUGCAAAGGCAUUUCAGGAGCAUAGACGAAAGAAAAAAGCUAAAGAGUAAUCUGGACUGGUCCUUUUCGUUCUUUUUCUUUUUGUCUUUUUUGCCGAUUCUGUUUUGGCACUCUCUCUUUUUGCCGACUCUGUUUGGUAAUAUUUUAUGUUCUUUAUGCGAAAAUAUUUGGGAAUUUCAGUGAUGCAUCCGUCCUUUUUAACGGCGUAAACACUGAGAAAACCGCCGGACCUAACCGCGGUUUAAGAGGUUGGAAAGUCAUCGACGAUUGAAAGACUAAGCUUGAAACUGCGUGCCCCUUGGUGGUUUCCUGUGCAGAUAUUCUCGCCCUUGCUGCCCGGGAUUCUGUGGUUCUCUUGUUGCAGACCAAAGGAUUCAGUUGGAAUGUGCCUACUGGAAGAAGAGAUGGAAGGGUUUCAUUAGCAUCUGAGACUUACAAUUUGCCUGGCUUUAGAGACUCCGUUGAUGUACAAAAAGCCAAAAUCCAAGCAUUGGGUCUCCUUUGUAGUUUAGACUAUAGCUUGUAUUGGAAAAAAAAAAUAACACAAAAAAACCAUCACAUGAAUAAAAUGUGCAUUUGCUAGAUGACAAGCUAACAUGGUU